GAAUCCUGGAUUUCCAUCGACUUGGAGGGUUCUUGGCCUCAAAAAGCUGUUCUUCUUUUCCCCAAUAAAUCGGUUAGCGUAGUAGUGGGUUUCAGUUGCAUGUUUAUUUGUCCGGCGCCAUUUAGGAAUUCCUGAUCUUUUUUCUUUUUUUUUUUUUAAUUUUCUUCCGCUUUAAUCGAAGGAAAGUUACGAGCUAUGUUUAUGGUUUCUUUGCGGUCAAAUUCGUGUUGGUGUUGCAAGAUCUAAGUAAAAUAGCUGAUCUGCUGAGAUUUUAGGGUCUCUUUUACGAAUCUUGAACCCUAUUCAUGUCGAUUCUGGCGAAGUUUUGGUCCGUUUUUAGAUGUGCGUAUAAGGAGGGGAAGUUGAUAUCGAUAUUAUCAGUGGUCGGGUUAAUUGGACCGCUGGAGGUGACCUUCCAACUAGGUUGGAGUAAGGUUGUUACAAGUCGAGGGUUAUGAAUCGUCGUGUUAGAGAGCUGUCUGGUAUGAUGAAUGGGUUGACGUAUCGUGAUUUUUGCUCUCGUCAGAACACCACAAAUGGUUUUAGAUUGGAACAGUUGCAGCCUUUCUUGUAUCACAGUAAUCAUAUGAACUUCCCCCCCCAAAUGGUAUCCGGUACCAACACUAUGAACCCAAAUGGCAAUCCUUCAUCCGCUCAUCGUACAACUCCCGGGGUGGAUAGCCCGGAAGAUUGUGAGGUCUUCUCAGAUAUAGCCCUCAACUACAUAAGCAAGAUGCUGAUGGAAGAGGACAUAGAUGAGAAGGUCAAUAACUAUCAGGAAGAGUCGGCCCUUCAAGCUACAGAGAAACCCUUCUAUGAGAUCCUCGGUCAGAAGUAUCCACCUUCACCCGUUCAGCGGCCGCUCUAUUCGCAUCGCAGCCGAGAGAGCACCAACAGUAGCUAUGGAAACUCCAACAGCAGAAGUAAUAGCAGCAGGGUGUCGGAUAAUAGCUGGGCUCCUGAUUUUCAUGAAUACCGGCAAUCACAAUCGUUGCGUGCCUCCCUGGACCGGUCUUCCCAAUCUCCAUUGAGCUCCUCUAAUAGUGUGGGUAAUGUUGUUGAAGCAGUGGAAGAGCCCCUGAUCAGCAGUAGUAGGCUUCCCGAUCUACUGAUCGAAAGCCUGCCUGCCUGGCAGUUCAGGAGAGGAGUCGAAGAGGCACGCAAGUUCCUUCCUAGUGAUGAUAAGUUGAAAAUUGACCUGGAGGCCAAUGGGUUUUCAUCACCUCAAAAGCUGAAAAAUGCCGGAAGAGCGGUCGAUGUCAAGGCGGAGGAGGAGGAGGAGACCGAACAUGCUGUUCAUGGGUCCAGAGGUCGAAAGAAUCUGCACCGUGAAGACUUGGAUCUGGAGGAGGGGAGGAGCAAUAAACAGUCGGCUGUUUAUUCCGAGGACACCAUUCGGUCUGAAAUGUUCGACAUGGUUUUGCUUUGUCAGGGAGAGAAGAGUUCGAAAAAGAUAUCUGAUCUGCGAGAAGCAAUGCAGAACGAAGCGAACAAAAAUUCGCAGAAUGGUCAUGCUAAAGGAUCGGGUGGUGGGAAGGCGCGAGGGAAGAAGCAAAGUAAGAGAGAAGUGGUGGAUCUUAGAACUCUACUGAUACAUUGUGCUCAAGCGGUGGCGGCUGACGACCACCGGACCGCCAGUGAACUACUAAAACAGAUCAGGCAGCACUCUUCACCGAAUGGAGAUGGAACUCAAAGGUUGGCUAAUUGCUUUGCAGAUGGGCUCGAGGCCCGCUUGGCCGGCACGGGCAGUCAGAUCUAUCAUACCCUCAUAGCAAAGCGAACAACUGCUACCGAUAUAUUGAAAGCAUACCAUCUCUAUCUUGCAGCAUGCCCCUUCAAGAUGGUCUCGCACUUCUUCUGUCAUCAGACGAUCCUGAAUGUUGCAGAGAAGGCAUCAAGGGUGCACAUCAUAGAUUUUGGCAUUUAUUUUGGCUUCCAGUGGCCAUGCCUCAUCCAGCGCCUUGCUGCCAGGGCUCAAGGGCCCCCAACGCUUCGGAUCACCGGUAUCGAUGUACCUCAGCCUGGGUUCCGUCCUACGGAACGAAUCGAAGAGACGGGGCGGCGGCUUGCAGAUUAUGCCAAAAGCUUCAACGUUCCUUUUGAGUAUCAAGGCAUUGCAUCAAAAUGGGAGAACAUUCGUGUGGAGGAUCUCAAAAUCGAUAGAGAUGAGGUGCUUAUUGUCAGCUGCUUUUAUCGCUUCAGGAAUCUUGUGGACGAGACCGUCAUUGUUGACAGCCCAAGGAAUAAAGUCCUCAACACCAUAAGAAAGAUGAGCCCGAAUGUUUUCAUCCAUGGAGUUGUGAAUGGAUCCUACGGUGCCCCCUUCUUUGUAACACGCUUCCGUGAGGCUCUGUUUCACUACUCUGCAUUGUUUGACAUGCUUGAAACUAAUGUGCCACGGGAGGAUGAACAGAGGUUGCUGAUUGAAAGGGACCUUUUUGGACGGGAGGCUCUUAAUGUGAUAGCAUGUGAGGGCUCAGAAAGGGUAGAGAGACCAGAGACCUACAAGCAGUGGCAGGUGAGGAAUCUGAGGGCUGGGUUCGUUCAGCUUCCACUGAAUCCGGACAUCAUGAAGAAGGCAAAGGAUAAAGUGAAAACCAGUUAUCACAAGGAUUUUGUUAUAGAUGAAGACAGCCGAUGGCUGCUGCAGGGCUGGAAGGGGAGAAUCAUCCAUGCACUGUCCACAUGGAAGCCUAAUGAAUCCUACUCUAUUGCCUGAAAAUGUACCUACCCCUAUAUGCCUUGAGAAAUGAUGCCUUGCUUUCCCCUGCCCAAUUGUCUCACCCGAUGAUAACAUGUCGUGGACCUGACCUUUCUGUAGGAAGGAGGUCUGCAAGGUCCGUGUAUUUGGCAGCUGAGACCCCAUUAGAGUGGACCGGUAAGGUUGAUCAAGGUGUUGAAAAGGACCGAAAGUAGGAGCUAUAGAACUUAGAGGAGAGGUGGGAAAAGAUCGUGUAAUCAGUAACAAGUUGCGCUCUUCGAACACAGGGAGGAUGUGCUUAUCUUGUAGGUCGGGUUUGUGAGACGUUGUCAUGUUUAAAAUCUUUCAUUGAUGAUCGAAAUAUAGGUGCUCAAGUAUCUCUUUUUUCUUUUUCAUCAGGCUUUUCUCAGCAUGUAUCAUCUCGAACAUUAUAUACGUCUGUUUUUCUUACCCACCUGCUGCAACCUCAUUUAUUGAAGCGUGCAAAUGUGCAAUGUACCGGCCUGUCUAUAUCAACCCCUCUAGUUAAUGUUGUCUAAGUUGAACCCUCUGCAUUAUUCUUUCACA